UCACUCUCCCUACUCUUUUAACCUUUUGAUUUUAAAAAAAAUCCUCUCUUCCUCGUCAUCCAAUCAGCCGAACCCAAAGAAUCCUAAGCCGGCGAUCAUUCAACCCUCGUUCCGGCGCUCACCACCGUCACCCGCCGUCUCACGCUCCGUACGUGUAGGUCAAGCGACAAGAAGAAGAGGUCAAAUUAGAGUUGGUUUUACUUAUUUAAGUUUCUAGAGAGUAAGAAAACCUAAAUCGAAAUUUCUUAAAGGGAAAUAAAGGUGAGGAGUUUUAGGGUUCUAGACUGAGGAAGAAUCUUUGAGAGAUUUGCGUAGAGAGAGAAAGAGUAGAAGCUAUUCUCCUUUUUCCGAAAGGUAGAGAAAGAGAGGGAGAAAUAAAGAGCGGUUUCCUUCUCUUUCUCGGAUUUUUGUCGGGAUAAUCGGAUUGAAUCUGUGAGGAUCUAAGUUAGGGGUUUCAUAAUUCAAGUUAAUUGGAGGAGGUGUUGUGGGAAUUGAAGUUAUGGUGUUGAUCAGGAAUGCAAAUCAGUGAGAAUUCAAGCUCCGAUCUAGGGAAUAAAGGUUUCGAGUUAUUGAGUGAUGGAUGUGGAUUCGUCAAUGGCGUCGUCGUUGGAGGUUGAUCAUAAUAGCAGCGAUAACCUUGAUACUAAUGGACCUGCAUCGGAGGAGCAGCUAGAUGAGUCUCCGGCUGCGGCCGGGGAGGAGUCUCCGGCUUCCUCAGCUCAGCCGCUGCAGUCUCAAGUUCAGCCAACAAGUGGUAGUCCGGUGGGUGGGCCUAGACAUGCGCCUAAUUAUUCUGUUGUGAAUGCUAUUUUAGAGAAGAAGGAAGAUGGUCCAGGUCCGAGAUGUGGACACACCUUGACUGCUGUCGCUGCAGUUGGGGAAGAAGGAACACCUAACUAUAUGGGACCGAGGCUUAUACUCUUUGGUGGUGCAACAGCUCUCGAAGGCAACUCCGCCAACGCUGGGACUCCAACCUCUGCAGGAGGUGCCGGAAUCCGUCUAUCAGGCGCAACUGCUGAUGUGCACUGUUAUGAUGUAUUGACAAAUAAAUGGUCUAGAAUAACUCCCUUUGGAGAACCACCUACACCAAGGGCAGCUCAUGUGGCAACUGCUGUGGGUACAAUGGUGGUUAUUCAGGGUGGAAUUGGUCCAGCUGGUCUGUCUGCUGAGGAUCUCCAUGUUCUUGACCUAACUCAACAACGACCUCGGUGGCAUAGAGUGGUGGUUCAAGGCCCUGGCCCUGGCCCACGAUAUGGGCAUGUCAUGGCUCUGGUGGGGCAAAGAUAUCUUAUGGCAAUUGGUGGAAAUGAUGGAAAGCGGCCUCUUGCUGAUGUAUGGGCUUUAGACACAGCUGCAAAACCAUAUGAAUGGAGGAAAUUAGAACCAGAGGGAGAGGGUCCACCACCAUGCAUGUAUGCUACUGCAAGUGCACGUUCUGAUGGUCUUCUUUUGCUUUGUGGAGGCCGGGAUGCAAAUAGUGUGCCUCUGGCUAGUGCUUAUGGACUUGCAAAACACAGAGAUGGUAGAUGGGAAUGGGCAAUUGCUCCUGGGGUUUCACCAUCUCCUAGAUAUCAACAUGCAGCGGUCUUUGUUAAUGCUAGGCUCCAUGUAUCUGGAGGGGCACUUGGAGGUGGACGCAUGGUGGAGGACUCAUCAAGUGUGGCAGUUCUUGAUACUGCAGCAGGAGUGUGGUGUGAUACAAAAUCUGUGGUGACUUCUCCACGAACAGGCAGAUACAGUGCUGAUGCAGCUGGUGGAGAUGCUGCUGUUGAAUUGACAAGGCGUUGUAGGCAUGCAGCUGCUGCUGUAGGCGAUUUAAUUUUCAUCUAUGGUGGUCUACGUGGAGGGGUAUUGUUAGAUGAUCUGUUAGUUGCUGAAGAUCUGGCUGCUGCUGAAAUGACAUCUGCAGCAUCACAUGCAGCUGCUGCAGCUGCAUCAUCCAAUGCACAGUCAGGAAGGUUACCUGGAAGGUAUGGAUUUGUUGAUGACAGAUCCAGGCAGCCCGUUUCUGAAUCCGAUUCUGAUGGUUCAGUCGUUUUGGGGAGCCCCGUUGCUCCACCUGUCAAUGGUGACAUGUAUACAGAUAUCAGCACCGAGAAUGCUAUGCUCCCCGGAUCAAGGAGACUAAGCAAAGGAGUGGAAUACUUGGUUGAGGCAUCAGCAGCAGAAGCAGAAGCCAUUGCUAAAACCCUUGCUGCUGCAAAAGCUCGUCAGUCUAAUGGAGAAGUUGAACUUCCAGAUAGGGAUUGUGGAUCCGAGGCUACUCCAAGUGGGAAACAAAUGAUAAAACCAGAAUCUGAUGUUGGAAUCACUCCUCCCCCAACUGGAAUUCGAUUGCAUCACCGAGCUGUGGUGGUGGCGGCAGAGACUGGCGGAGCAUUAGGUGGAAUGGUGAGGCAGCUGUCAAUUGAUCAGUUUGAAAAUGAAGGGAGGAGGGUUAGCUAUGGGACCCCUGAAAAUGCAACCGCAGCUAGGAAGCUUCUAGAUCGCCAGAUGUCGAUUAACAGUGUCCCCAAAAAGGUGAUAGCUCACCUGUUGAAGCCUCGUGGGUGGAAGCCUCCUGUUCGCAGGCAAUUUUUUCUGGAUUGCAAUGAGAUAGCUGAUCUUUGUGAUAGCUCUGAGAGAAUAUUUUCAAGCGAACCCAGUGUUCUUCAACUAAGGGCUCCUAUCAAGAUUUUUGGUGAUUUACAUGGUCAGUUUGGUGACCUCAUGCGACUUUUUGAUGAAUAUGGAUCUCCAUCCACUGCUGGAGACAUUGCAUAUAUCGAUUAUCUCUUCUUAGGAGAUUAUGUUGAUCGAGGUCAACACAGCUUGGAAACCAUUAGUCUUCUGUUAGCUCUAAAGGUUGAGUAUCCACAAAACGUUCAUUUAAUUCGUGGGAAUCAUGAAGCUGCUGAUAUAAACGCACUUUUCGGCUUUCGAAUCGAGUGCAUUGAGCGAAUGGGUGAGAGAGAUGGAAUAUGGGUAUGGCACCGUAUAAACAGAUUAUUCAACUGGUUGCCACUAGCAGCUUUAAUUGAGAAAAAGAUCAUUUGUAUGCAUGGUGGUAUUGGGAGGUCAAUUAACCAUAUUGAACAAAUCGAAAACCUUCAACGACCCAUUACCAUGGAGGCUGGCUCAAUUGUACUUAUGGAUUUGUUGUGGUCUGACCCAACAGAAAAUGACAGUGUGGAAGGACUCCGACCAAAUGCCAGAGGUCCUGGAUUAGUUACUUUUGGGCCUGAUCGUGUGAUGGAGUUCUGCAACAAUAAUGAUCUCCAAUUAAUUGUACGUGCACAUGAAUGUGUAAUGGAUGGUUUUGAGCGUUUUGCACAAGGACACCUGAUUACCCUUUUCUCAGCCACUAAUUAUUGUGGGACCGCAAAUAAUGCAGGUGCGAUAUUAGUGUUGGGUAGAGAUCUUGUGGUGGUCCCGAAACUCAUUCAUCCACUUCCACCUGCCAUCUCAUCACCCGAAACUUCACCAGAACGCCACAUAGAAGACACAUGGAUGCAGGAGCUUAAUGCAAACAGACCACCAACACCAACCAGGGGGCGCCCCCAAGUUGCAAAUGAUCGUGGCUCUCUUGCAUGGAUUUAGCUGGCUUUCGCAUCAAAUAUCAUAUCAUGGGAAAAACUUAUUAUGGGCUCUCAUGCUUUACCACUCAAGAGAUUUUCAAGGGUCCCACACCACGUAGUUAGUGGAAACAUUCUGGAAAAAUAAUCAAGAUUUGUGUUGGAGAAAGAGAGCGAAGGCCCUUUGUACAUUGACAAACGGGUAUUUGGUUGGUGAUAGUUUUUUUUAUAUGAUUUUUGUUGUGGUUGGUUUAGGUGUAUGAUUGGCUUUGUUUUGGGUUUUUCUUUAUUAAAGAUGAGGAGGUUGUUGGUUGGUUAUAUAUGUUUGUGUAAUAUAUAGAGGAGGAGGUGGUGGUGUUGUG